CUGCACCCGGAAGUGGCGGCUGGAGCGGGAGCGUUGAGGGGUCGGCCGGCGGGACAGCCACCCGGAGCGGGGCGGGGGCGUUGGCCAUGUUCCCCUUCUGUCCCCGUAGCCCUAGCGGGGACGAGGCGGCCGAAGCUGAGGAGCCAGCGCCCCACAAUGGGCAGACAGCAGCCGUUAGGCCGCCCUCACCCGCUACCCCGCCCGCACCUCCACAGCCCGAGGCUGACGCCGCCCUUCGUCCGCCGGCAGCCCAGAGCUCUCGCCGCCCUGGCGCCCCCGCGCCACCCCCUGCCGCGCGCGCCGGAGAUGUAGAGCUGCCCGGAGCGCUGGAGCUGUCGGCUACCUCUGCCCAGGGAGAGCCAUCCUCUCCGCGCCGGCCGCCCGGGCCAGCCUGCAGGGCCAGGAGCCGGGGCAGGCACAGCCUCAGCGCGGGCCUGGGCGGCCCAGGCGCUAGACUGUUCGGGUGGCUGAGGGAGCGCAGCCUGGGCCGCGGGCUGUUCGUGGACCCGGCGCGGGACCAUUUCCGCACCAUGACUAACCUCUAUGGUUCCAUCCACCCCGCAGACUCGGUGUACCUCAGCACACGCACCCACGGUGCAGUCUUCAACCUGGAGUACUCGCCCGACGGGUCAGUAUUGACAGUUGCUUGUGAACAGACUGAAGUUCUGCUUUUUGAUCCUAUAUCUUCGAAGCACAUAAAAACACUUUCUGAAGCUCAUGAAGACUGUGUAAAUAAUAUCAGAUUUCUUGAUAACCGGCUGUUCGCUACCUGCUCUGAUGACACUACAAUAGCACUAUGGGAUCUGAGAAAAUUGAACACCAAAGUAUGCACUUUACAUGGUCACACUAGCUGGGUGAAGAACAUCGAAUAUGAUACUAAUACAAGACUCUUAGUAACAUCAGGAUUUGAUGGAAAUGUCAUUAUUUGGGACACUAACAGGUGUACAGAAGAUGGGUGUCCCCAUAAGAAGUUCUUUCACACACGUUUUCUCAUGCGAAUGAGAUUAACACCAGAUUGUUCCAAAAUGUUGAUCUCAACGUCUUCGGGAUAUCUCUUGAUUUUGCAUGAUCUUGACUUAACUAAAUCUUUAGAAGUAGGCAGCUAUCCCAUUUUGAGAGCAAGAAGAACUACAUCAAGUUCAGAUUUGACCAGUUCAUCAAGUUCGUCAGGUCCUAGAGUUUCUGGUUCACCUUGUCAUCAUAGUGAUUCUAAUUCAUCUUCAGAGAAACAUGUGUCAAGAGCCUCUCAAAGAGAAGGAGUUUCACCACGAAACAGCCUUGAAGUCUUAACCCCUGAAGUUCCUGGUGAGAGAGAUCGUGGAAACUGCAUUACAUCCUUACAACUGCACCCCAAAGGCUGGGCCACGCUUCUUCGGUGCUCAAGCAACACUGAUGAUCAGGAGUGGACAUGUGUCUAUGAAUUUCAAGAAGGAGCUCCAGUGCGACUUGUCUCACCUCGGUGUUCCCUACGACUGACUCAUUACAUUGAAGAAGCCAAUGUAGGCAGGGGUUACAUCAAAGAACUUUGCUUCAGCCCUGAUGGGCGAAUGAUUUCUUCCCCACAUGGCUAUGGAAUUCGCUUGUUGGGAUUUGACAAACAGUGCAGUGAACUUGUUGACUGUUUACCCAAAGAAGCCAGUCCCCUGCGGGUGAUCCGUUCUUUGUAUUCUCAUAACGAUGUGGUACUGACGACAAAAUUCUCUCCAACACAUUGUCAGAUUGCCUCAGGGUGCCUUAGUGGACGGGUCUCUUUGUAUCAGCCAAAGUUUUAGGCACAACUUACAUCAAAUAAGGAACUCUUGUGGCAUUGGACUUGAUAAAUUACUUCAAUUUAGGUGAAGUAUUUUCUUAGAAGAUCUGAUAAGAUUGAGUCAAGACCCUGGUUCAUAUGGGUCCAUGAACAUCCCUGUGACCUGAGUACUUGGUCACCCAGCAUCAUACAGGCGUGUUGAAGCUAGACUCUAUGCAGCACCAUCUUUUUUUUAGCAUUCCUCUGCUCCUGCUGAUCUGUGCCACUGAACUCCAGUUCUUCUGGUUACUUUGCUUGGUAGCUCUUGUUAAGUUUCCUUGUUCUCUCCUUUUUUCCUUCCUAUGCUCCCUGCCUGCCUUCUCUUUUUUCUCUUUUUUGGUUUUAGUAUGAAUUUUGUGGACAUUUGGCGGGAGUUUUGGUUGGGAUACAAGAAACCUUUGAUGCAUUGAAUAAAAUCCAGAAGUUGGAUGUUAGCAUACCGAUUGUUGAAAAAGAAAUGUCAUCUUCAUUUAUCAGUAUACUUGGCCUUUUAAAGUUGCUGUUUUAUAUAUAUAUAUAUAUAUAUAUAUAUAUAUAUAUUGAGCACAGAUAAUUGUAUUAUUCUUACAACUGUUAGUCUUACAACAAAAUAUCUUCCUGUUUCCUGUUAAAAUCAUACAAUAUUUUUCAUGUUGCCGAGAUUUUGUUGUGAAAAUCCAGAAAAAAUAUUACAACUUCUUUGUAACUUAUUUGUAUGAAUCUAAAAUGUCUAAAAUGUGUUCUUACUUGGUAUUUUAUUUCUGUCAACAGCACUAGAAAGGAAAGGAAAAGGGAUGGGCUUUAGUCAUUCUGAUGUACAGAACAGGAUUUAUUUAUUAAACUAGUACAGUAUCUGGCCACAGAGUGAUGAGAACAAUGUGACUUAGAUUUUCUGUGUUUUCUCUGCCAGAUUCUUUGAAUCACACAGGAUGGUAUGUUAUCAGUAUUGGGCUAGAAGGGAAAUCAAGAGUAAAUAUGUGGUAUUGUGCUCAGUCUUUCUUCCUUGAGGCAGGGGCCCUAUGCUCAGUCUCUCACCAUUAGUGAAUGGAAAGCAGCAGUUGUCUUCAAACUGUUGUCAUAACCCUGAUAGUCAGUGACUUCAUGUCAAAGCCAAGCAUUGAUAUGAAUCCUUUUUUUGUGUUUUGUUAAGGAACACAGCAAGUAAAAACAUCAGGUAAGGGCAAGUAUGAGGCUGCUGCUCUGUUGAAUAGGCAGCUGUCUUCCGGUCUCCAUGUUGAAGGACAUUCAUUAUAUUUAGAAAGGAUAUGCCAGAGGCUGGAGUAAUUUAAGUCCUCUGCUAGGCUUGCCCUUGUAGGUCACAUACUCUCGGCCAUUAGUUCUGAAAUAUAAGGGUGCAUUAUAAUCUUUGAAGAGCUUGUGAAAAAUUCAAAAACCUUGGCCUUACUUUAGGAGAUUCUGAUUCAGGCAUGGAGAGGACAAGAAUCUAUCUCUUUUUUUUUUUUUUUUAAGCAGGAAUCCCACAUAGUCUUUAUUCAAGUGAUCUCCGGAUCACAAUUUGAAAAAUACAACCUUAAAUUUCAGUAAGUAUACCCAUCUGGUGCUUAAUACAAUCCCCACAGGCAUUUUUAUUAGUUAAAUAAAAGUAAAUAAAUGAAGACAAUUUUAGAAGAAGAAAAUAACUUCGAAUGGUACCAUUUGCAUUAUUUGACAAAAUAGAGAAGUGACUUGCCUAAGGUAAGCCUGCAAAGUUAGUAGCAGAGCCAGGACUGGAAUUCAAGUCUCCUAAUUCUGUGCUCAGGAUAAUUCUACUAUAUUAUGCUGGAUGUUAAAAUCAACACCUUGUGAACGCUUUGUCUUUUAAGUUGUAUUAUUGUGAAUAUCCUUAAACUAGCCAGUAGAUUGAAAAAGGAAGGCAUGAGAGUAGAUGCUGAAAAUUCUAGUCAUAAGAAGGAAAGUGUUUUAUAUUUAAUAGAAGUGUUUAAACAACCCAAAUACAUGAAUUAAAAUGAUACUUCUUUAUAGGACCUGCUGAACAGCCAUUCACAUACAUAUAUAGAGGUACAUCUCACAUGGAAUAAUAUUGGCCCCAGGACAAAUUUUUUAAAGUAAAUCGUAGUACCUAAAAAUUGGAAAUUCUGUGGUCAUUGAAAAAAUUACCACAAAGCACAGGAAACAUACAAACUUGCCAAAAAAUUUUGUUAAACAGAAAAAACCCCACUUAGGGCCAGGGAUUUAGCUCAGUGGUUCUGCCGCCUGCCUCACAAGCACAAGGUCCCAAGUUCGAUCCCCAGUACCAAAAAAAAAAAACCCACUUAUUUAAAAUAUUAGUUUUGAAGGUAAAAAUAAAAAACACCCAAAAUGUUAUCAUUAAAAGUAAGCCAUAGCUUCUCGGCUUUUGGCGAAGAUCAAGUGUAAAAGUAAGCCAUGAAGUACAAUGAUCAAAUUGACAUUCAAAAGAAGAUUCUAUAAAUUUUAUCAGCUUUGGAAAGCAUUCCAUGUCAGAUGCUGGACAAGUCAGAUGUGUCCUAACUAAAUUCAGCCAAUGAUUCUUGAACCACUAUAGAACACUUGUAGUAUGCUAAUGUACCUUCUUUACUACCAACCCCCACAUAAACCUUGCAAGGUAGGUAGAAUGUGCCCCAAAUUACUUUGGAGGUAAUGAUGAGUCAGAAAGAUUAUAUGACUUGCCUGAAAUUAGAAACCCAGGUAUGGCUAUUUGUUUUAGUUUAAAAAACGUGUUACUAUGCCAUUUUGAUCUUAGUUUGUAAAGGAUGAUAAACUGACCUGUUAAUUUCCUUGUUUAAUAUCUUCUGGAAGGUUUUGUUUGUUUUUUGCUUUACAACACUGGCCUUAUUUUCUGUACCAUGUGAAAGAAUAUUUACAAUACUGACAGUUUCCAUGAGAAUGAAUACCAUAAUCUCAGGGCAACCAGAUAAUCCAUUCCUAACUUUAAAAAACCCUCAAGCAUUAUAAGCACCUGAAAUAGAAAAGAAAAUGGAAAAGCACCAUAAAAAUACAGCCACACAGAUGAGAAUUACAAAUUAACCACCACAAAUUCAACAAAAAAACCCUUUGCCCUCCUUGAGGUAUAGUCAUGACAAAAAGUCAUUAGGGAAUAUUAAUCAAGGAAUUAAAGGGCAUUAGGAAUCGUAUACUAUUGGAAGGAAUUAGACUUUCCAACAUCACAGUAUAUUUUUUACUCUGAAUUUUAUUGUCUUUUUUUUUUUUUUGGUACUGGGGAUCGAACUCAGGUCCUUGCGCUUGCACAGCAGGUGGCAAAACCACUGAGCUAAAUCCCCAGCCCCCAUAUUCAGUCAUUUUUAUUCAUGAUAAUUGGUAAAUCUAUUAUAAUUGGUAAAUAGUAUAAUUAUUGGUAAAUAUAUAAGUAUAAAUUGUUUCUAUGUUUUUAAAAGGUUUUUCCAGAACAGUAUAUUUGUGAGAAUGCUAUGUUGAAUGAGUUGGGCACAUCAAAUACACAGUAGUUCCUUGCUUUCAGUUGUGAAAAGAAGUGGUUAAAGCAAAAUUCUAUUUUAGUCUUUUAAAAAUAUGCUUGGUCUUUUUGCCCAUCAGCCCAAAGGAUGUAUAUUUUGUUCUUUUUCUUUGUUACAACUGGGAGAAGAGGCCAUACCAAAAAUUUUAUGAAAACAAGCAAGGAAAAGGUAAAUCACAUGUUCCCUGCUCCUAUUUAGAACCAAGAUCACAUUGUAUAAUUUUUUAAGGUUAUGUUCUCUGGAAAGUGCAAUAUAGGGAAAACACUGAUUCUUUUAGAAGUCUAGUGCUUCCCAUACUAUUCCGAAGAUAUGGUACUGGCAUCUAUAGGUAUCUGUUCAACUUGCAUUUCACAGGAGAAAUAGUCUGAUAACUUACUGAAUGACAAUCAUCUGCAUUUAAUGACCAGAAGUCACUGAGUGCUAUGAAAAUCCACUCAAUAACACCUGUGUAGGUCAUGAAGGAAACCACAUAAAUGAAUUUUGUAUAGCUGAUACAUAUCUCUUAAGUGCCAAAAUUUAAAACUUGUAGUUAUUUUUGAUGCAAGUCUUUCAGGUAUGUUAAUGUACCUCCCUGCCUUCUUAGCAUGCUCAGUAUAAUUCACUAAAGUUAUAUACAUAAUGUAUUAUUAAAAAUACCCAGUGAGCUCUGAUGUAUAUAAAUAUUUCAUAAAAUAUAAAGGGCUAUAACAAAUAUGAGUUAAUAUCUUCAAAGAGAUUCCCUCAACUUUGAGGUAUAUAUAAUCAUUUGCCUCCAAUUGCUAAUUUUUUCAUGUUUUAAUAUCUCCUAAGUAGUGUGUUCAAACAACAUGCCUGCCUCUAACAUUUUUCUUCUAAUGUGCUGUGUCCGUCUGUUAUGAGCUGGGACAUAAGAUAAUCAAGCCUGUUCAGUGUCUGCAGUACGAGCUAAACAAACUGGGUGCACAAUCUGUGAGACAGCAUCGUUGGUUGCUUUCCAUUUACCUUCUGGAUAAUAAAAGAUCCCAGUUAAAGCCUAGGCUAGUGAUUUUUCAGUUGCAGCUUAAGUAAGAUACUACAAACUAAGGAAGGGUGCUGCUACAUCAAGAAAUAAAUAGCAAUGUACCAAAGUACAGCAAAGCAACAACAAAAGUUCUUUAUUUGCACAAGGGGUCUUUUAUGCAUUUAAGAAAGAAAAAGGAAGGGUACAGGAAAAUAAAUCCAGAUGGAUUUAAGACUAUUUUAGACGCCAUUAACUUUGUCAAUAACCAUUAAAAUAUAUGCUUAAAUUAUCACAUGUUGUUACAAAGACAGUUUAGUCUGAUUGUACUAAAAUUUAUAUCCUAGAGAUGAUUCUAAGUGAUGUUCUAAGAGUUUUUCCCAUCCAAGUGAUAAUGGAAAUUAUUAUUGAAAGAAAAGUGUCUGGUUUACCUUCAUGCUGCUCUCUUUAGUUGAAAAUUAAUAAUAGAGAUAUAUGGGUUUUAUCAGAAGCUCCGAGGAGCACAUUGCACAUACACACACCUCCUAUAUGUAUGUGUAUGUAAAUGUCACUGUAAAUGAAAAUGUUACCCAGAGAUAAUAAAGUAAUUUUUAAAAUUUAAA